AACACACACACACACCACACACACCAAUAUCUACUAGAAACAACAACAAAGUCCUUUAUUGCUGCAUUGAAAACAUUCUUCAAGGAAUUAUAACACGUAUUCCUAUUACAUAAGGCUAAAAUAUCGAAUUGAUGUCACAGUGUUUUUGUAAACAAUGAAACUUACUGCACUGCGGCUCGCCAAAUCGUUUACAAACUCGGCAUUACAAGCAACGGAACAAAACAUUGAAGUGAAGGUACCGUGGGGAAAAUUGGCAGCUUUAACCUGGGGAAAUCCAUCCAACUCACCAGUCCUUCUCUGCCACGGUCGGUUCGACACCUGCUCAUCGUAUAGACCCCUCGUGAACCUACUGCCUGAUAACUAUUUCUAUGUCAGCGUAGACUUGCCUGGAUAUGGGUACUCGGAUCCCUUCCCGAGGGGUGCUAAGAUUAAUGCAAUGGACUUUGUACCUACUAUAGCGAGGGUUAAGGAACAUUUUCGAUGGGACCAGUUCGCUUAUAUUGGGCACUCGCUCGGAGCAUUAUUUAGCAAGUUCUAUAACAUAGCGUACCCAGGUCAUCUAUCGCGUAUAGUGGAGCUGGACCCGGCCCCAGCUUAUUGGCCCACUCACGACUUCAGGACUUGGUACCAUGAGGGCUACGGGCCGUUCUACAGCGAUGAGCAUUAUCAGAAAUUAAAUUCGGGGUACGAAAAUGCACCGAAGUAUACUUAUGAGGAGGUUAGAAAAAGGCUAAUGAAAGCAAGGGGUUUGGACGAAAAGUCUGCAGAUCACGUUCUUGAGAGAUGCCUGGAACCGGCUGGCGAUGGUUUAUUUAGGUUGACCCACGACCAGCGCUUGAAACUGAAUACUCUUCUGCCCUUCCCAAAAGGCGCAUACAUAGAUCUCUACACGGCCUCUAAGACCCCAAUCUUGGCUAUUCUCUCCCCAGAAUCCAUGAAGAUAUACAAGAACUAUCCUAUGGUUACAGACGAUAAUGCGUGGCCUAAUAGGAACUACAGGCAUGUAAUUUUGAAUGUAGGCCACGAUGUUCAUUUGCACAGCCCCGAAGAAUGCGCAAAGUUGAUCACUGAAUUUUUGAAGAAGUAGUUUAAAAAGAAAUAAUCCGAAUAUUUGCGUUACCUUGAACUGUGAACGUUAACGACACGUUAUUCUUACACACAGUAUUAAAUAAAUGUUAUAAAAAUGUC